GGCUGGGAUUCAAUGACUGAACCAGACACAAACAAACAGUGAGGGCGAGAGAGAGAGCGGGAGAGAGAGAGAGAGAGAGAGAGAGAGAGAGAGAGAGAGAGAGACUCACACAUUGAGUGAGAGGGGAGACAGACUGAGAGUACGCCAGACGGAGCAGACGAGGCAUAUUUCGAGUGCGCAUUAGGAGUGCGUAAAACCGCAGGAGCGUAUAGACAGAAAGUACCGACAAUUGUGCGUUGGAUAGUACAAAUUUUGAGUCUAGAAGUUUUCGACUUAAAUUGUGACUUCUUACAGGAACAGCAGCCGUGAAUUCCGCAGCCUUCAGUUUUCUGAAUGGACGAGCUGGGAAGCUUCUCCGGUGACAUGGAAAUGUGCGUUAUUGAGCGUGUAGCCGGAUGCUGAGGACGCUCGACUCGAUAAGUCAAUUCCAGCUUUCAUUUUGAGUUUUGAAACCUCUUUUCUAACCAACAACAACAUGGAGGCCACCAGCUUUCAGCCCCAUCCCGGACUUCAGCAAACUCUGAAGCAGUUUCAUCUAAGUUCCAUGCGCUCUCUUGGUGGACCGGCAGCGUUCUCCGCUCGGUGGCACCAGGACUCACUCUUCGGUAAAGAUGGGAAAUCCGUAGAGAUGAUGUUCACCCUGCCGGCCCAGACACCUCCGGUAAUGUCGGGUCCACUUUUUAUCCCGUCCGACCGCUCCACGGAGAGGUGCGAGACGGUGUUGGAGCGGGAGCCCAUCUCCUGUUUCGUUGUCGGUGGAGAGAAGCGGCUGUGCCUCCCGCAGAUCCUCAACAGCGUCCUGAGAGAUUUCUCCCUCCAGCAGAUCAACUCGGUGUGCGACGACCUGCACAUCUACUGCUCCAGGUGCACGGCAGACCAGCUGGAGAUCCUAAAAGUGGUGGGCAUCCUGCCCUUCUCGGCUCCGUCCUGCGGGCUGAUCACUCAGACGGAUGCUGAGCGCCUGUGUAAUGCUCUCAUCUACGGCGGUACGUUCCCCCCUCACUGCAACAAGGAGUUAGGCUCCCUGGAGUUGGAGAGGACAGAGAAGAGCUUCAAAGUCUACCAUGAAUGUUUCGGUCGGUGUAAAGGCUUAUUUGUCCCGGAACUGUAUACGGGCCCGAGCGCUGCCUGCAUACAGUGCAUGGACUGCAGACUCAUGUUCCCCCCUCACAAGUUUGUGGUCCACAGUCACAAGAGACUGGAGAACCGUACUGUCCACUGGGGGUUUGACUCUGCCAACUGGCGGGCUUAUGUGCUCUUAGACCCGGACUACACUGGGAAAGAGGAGAAGAGUCAUCUGGAGCAGCUGCUUAAAGAGUUAAAAGGAAAAUAUGACCUGACGGGCAAGAGGUCCAGUAUAUCCUGCAGAUCGCCCAGCCCAGCUCCAGCCAAGAGGUCCAAAUUUGACAAACUACUAUCUCCAUCAGCUGACAAAGACAGGAAACCUGACUGGUUACAAUCGCUGUCAAAGUCUGCACACAAGGAUCUGAAGCAGGUCCAACUGAAACAGCGGCCCUCUGCUUUCCGUCCCUGGUCCCCUAAAUCCGUAGAAAAAGACAAACCAGUCUCUCAAAAUGAAAUGGAGAGGUCCCAUUCAAAGACUCACGAGACUUUGGCAGCUCCCAAUCUGACACAAGCUCCCCUGGCCCCUCCAGUCCAUCCCAGGGACAGCGAUGCUCCUGGCAGGGGGCCUUUAGCCGUUUCCAGGCCGCCACAGGAGCUGUCUAAUGGUGAUGCACAACCUGCCGUGAAACCAGCACCCUCAAGCACCGCCAACAUACCCGAAGACAUGGACACAGAUGGAGAGAUUGAUGUGGAUGACUGUGACGAUCGUCCAGUGACAGCUCCCACUAUUACUUCUCCUCCGUCGGCCUCCACCAGUGUGUCGCAGACUCUGACCCCUCAGAGCGCCACCCGACCUCAGGAGGGACCUGCCUGGCUGUCGGGGAGCCAGUGCUCUGAGAUGGAUACCGUGAGGCAGAUGAUAAAUGGCGGCAUGGAUACCAAAGAGGCCAGGGAAAAAGUUCUGCAGGAGAUCAUCAGAAUAAGAGUGAAGCAGGAAGAAAAACUGGCAUCUGCUGUGCAAGCUAAACGCAGCCUUCAGCAGGAAUUGGAGUUUGUGAGGGUUGCAAAGAAAGGCCGUCUCCGUGAGGCCAUAGAAGCCAAGCGCAACCUACGAAAGGAGAUAGAACGCCUUCGUGUGGAUUGGGAGAGGAAGAUGAGGGAUGCAGAGGAGUCUUGUGGGCGACUGAAGAGAGAGUUGGAGAGAGAGAGAGAGCAACGAGUUUGUGACAAAGGCUGCGAGGCUGAACGUCUCCGUGUUAAAUACUCCUCUCAGAUUGAAGAGUUGCAUGUGCAGCUACAGCCAGAGGCUGACCGUGAGCAGCUGAGACAGGAGCUUCAGCAGGAGAGAGAAGCCCGGCAGAGCCUGGAGACCGUUGUCAAAGACCUGCAAACCCAGCUGUUCCAGCAGACUGACAGCAACCACCCCGGAGACUCCAAGGACGCAAAUACAGAAGCACACAGACGGACCACACAGCACACCAAUGGAUCCUAGAGUUGCACAUUCACAACCGGAGAAAGAGACUCAAUAACAUGAACACUUGUUGCACCUCCUGUUGGGGAAAAAAAGAAACUCAGCAAAAUGCUUUGUCCAUUUUCUAGAGGAAAAAUCUGUCAAAUAUAAUACGAUGUAGUAUAAAUCAAUAUUAUAAUGACAAUAUAUGAAUUAUAUGAAAUGAACUGGAAAGUAGCAUGAUAUAUGAGCAUGUUUUUAGAGCGUGAUAUUAAGAAAGGCUUCUUCAGUGAUGAACUCAUCUUUCCAGUGACGUCAGAGCCCUCUAUUAGACACCUGAUGCUGUCCAAGGAUUUUAUUUUGGUAUAAGCUAUUCAAAGAUGUGCAAAUAUAGCCACACAACACUACUUGAAAAUGAAGGGAAGAAACAUGUUGCGCCUGGUGAAACAUGAGCAGAUAAUGAAUCUCUUGGUGCCACAAAAUAUUGGUACACUCAAAGGUGUCCUUGCAGACUACUGGAAACAAGAGACACCAGUUUACCACUAUUUACUUUUAAUAUCAGCUUGCUUUUUAUAACUGUGUAGAGGAUGUACUUUUUAAGAAAUAUUGCUUGCGCAGCACUGUUAUUCCACAGACAAGAAAAACACAUCCAUAAACAAACAUGUACGCAUGUAUACCAGCUUGUCUACCUUUUGUAUUUUAUAAACCUUAAGUAUUGGAGGUUACGUGGGCUACCUUCAGGUCCACCACUGUUUUAUGCUAGAUAUUUUAUGAAAGUGUUACUUUUUAAUAAUAUGAUGCAACUUUACUAGUUGUUUAACCAUUGUUUUCCAGUAAUGUUUUUUGCAACAGAACCAUGUGAUAAAUAGUAAUUCUUCUUACCCAUGUUAGUGCGAACAAGUCUAAACAUGCCCUCCUUAAAGAAAAAAAAAAGUCAAUAGCUUUCUGUUUUUCGUUCAAAUGCGGUACUUCUUAUACAUUUUUAUUGUAACAUAAUUUAUAUUCUAAGAUAAUUUGCUGCCUAUCAAAAGAAAGCAUUAAUUUUUUUUGUCACUGGUUUUAGGGCUCUUAAAUCAACAAAUGCUGUUUAUAUGAACAACAUUUCUACAUAUAUACAGAAUAUUGAUAUAUAUUUUUUUACUUUAAGAAAAGGAAUUGCACUUUUUAAAGAAAAGAACCUUGCAUUGUGCAUUGUACUCCCCGUCACAGUUUUCAAAAACAUGAGUUAACAUGAACUUUGAAUUCAAACAGAACACCCCUCAGUAUCAUCUGAUGUAAAUACAAUGAUAUUGUAAAUAAGAUGUUUGUUGGUAUGUUUGCUUGCUCCAGACUUAAAUUGAUUAUGAAUAUUAUUUUUGCUCUUACUUGAAACCAAAAAGAAACUAUAUUUGCAAUCUACAAUUGACAUUGUAGUUGUGUCCCUGAGUAUUGUUGCAAUCACGGGGCAUUGAGCAGAAUGGAUGGGUGCUGGUUUAAACAAGGAAAAUAAAACCACCAUGGGUUGUGAAUUUGACCUGUUUUUAGUUUUUCUAGGCUCAAAACCCCAACAGAAUUUAUUAUAAUUUGUCCCUUGAUUUUGUUUAUUUACAAAGAUCUUAAUUAUUUGAUUUAAUAUAGAGUAUAUAUUCCACCACAGACAAAAAACUGAAAAAUGGAUUUGAAAUCUCUGCACCUCCAGCUCCCUCGUCAGAUAGAGUAGAAGUGACACCUACUCAUGGUUUCAACCUUAUAGGUGCUCAAGUAUAUUUUAACCAAGAAACACUUUUAUGUCUUAUCAUUAUGAUACCCUCGCUCAGUAUUCGUUGGGUACAGUGUAAUAGCAAUAUCCAUUUUGUUAGCUGAUGCUGUUGUAGUUUUGGUUUGGAAGUGGGGGUUCACUUGCCUCUUGUUUCAAUGUUUUCUUUUCCUUUGGAAAACGUGUAUAAUACCCAUUAAAAUCUAAAUCAAUCCUAUUGA